AUGGUUAUUAAAAUUGGUUCAGGAGAAAUUGAUGAUUUAUCAACAUUAAAUGUUCUUGAUGAAGAAAGUUUAUUACGUGAAUUACGUGCUAGAUAUAAAAAAGGAAUUAUCUAUACUUAUAUUGGAGAUGUUCUUAUUGCUAUAAAUCCAUUUAAACAAUUAAAUAUUUAUGAAAAACAGCAACAUGAUUUAUAUAAAUAUGUUCAAUAUCGCAAUCAAUUAACACCUCAUCUUUUUUGGGUUGCUGAUCAAGCUUAUCGAAAACUUUGUUUAUCGAAAAGACCACAAUGUAUUGCUGUUUCGGGAGAAAGUGGAGCUGGAAAAACUGAAUCAACAAAACUUAUUGUUUCACAUAUAAUUCAUUGUUCAGGUGAUGCUGGUGAUCGUGAAUUACAAAAUCGAAUUAUUGAAACUUCACCAUUACUUGAAGCAUUUGGUAAUGCUCAAACAUGUAUGAAUCAAAAUUCGAGUCGUUUUGGAAAAUAUCUUCAAUUAAAUUUUACGGAUACAGGUCGAAUUAUUGGUGCAAAAGUUUAUGAUUAUUUACUUGAAAAAUCUCGUGUUGUUCAACAUGGUCCAGGUGAACGAACAUUUCAUUUUUUUUAUUAUUUAUUUGCUGGUUUGGAAAAAGAAACAUUAGAAUAUUUUUAUUUGGAUGAUCCAGAAACUUAUCGAAUUUUAAAAGAUCCAUGUGGUGGAAAAGUAUUUCCAAAUCGAUCAGAUUUUAAACAUUGUCGACAAAUGUUUAAUACACACAAAGAUAUUAUGCAACGAGUUGGAUUUACUAAUGAAGAUAUUAAUAUGGUAUUUACAAUUCUUUCAGCUAUUCUUCAUUUGACUAAUAUUCGAUUUUCACAUGAUGACGAAACAGAUGGAGUUUAUAUUGAAGAUGAAUAUCCAUUAGAAGUUGUUUGUAAUUUACUUGUACUUGAUCAAGAAAUGUUAACUAUGGCUCUUAUUUCGACAUUCAAUAUGACUAAAGGUGAACGUGUAAUAAGUUUAAAAAAUUUUGAUCAAGCAAAUGAUUGUCGUGAUGCACUUGCUAAAGCUUUAUAUGAACGUUUAUUUUCAUGGAUUGUUAAACAAAUCAAUACACUUUUACAACCAAGUCGACGAUAUAAUCAAAUAUAUGAUAAAAUUUAUCGUACAUGUUCAAUAUUAGAUAUGUCUGGUUUUGAAAAUUUUCAAGUGAAUAGUUUUGAACAAUUAUGUAUCAAUGUUGCUAAUGAACAUCUACAGUAUUAUUUUAAUGAACACAUUUUUUUAAAAGAAGAACAAGAUUAUCGAACUGAAGGUGUAUCAUGUGAAAAAGUUGAAUUUCAAAGUAAUGAAGAUUUAAUUGAAUUAUUUAUGGGUACAUUAGGUAUAUUUGCAUUACUUGAUGAAGAAUCUCGUUUUCCAAAAGCAAAUGAUGAAUCACUUGUACAAAAAUUUCAUAGUCAUUGUAAAAAUCAUUCAAGAUAUAUUAAACCAAGAGGCAAUGAAACAGCUUUUGGUAUUCAUCACUAUGCUGGAAAAGUUGUUUAUGAUGCUCGUGGAUUUUUAGAAAAAAAUCGAGAUAAUCUAAGUGCAAAUUUAAUUGAAUGUAUGGGAAAAAGUGGAAUUGAAUUAAUUAGUCAUUUAUUUACUAUGACAGAUGGAAUAUGUCAUUCAUCGGAUAUUGCAAUAUCAUCAAUGUAA